CUUGUUUUUAUCCUCUGUCCGUUGGCAUUUGAUCAUCGUCACGCAAGCCACAGCUCAGACCGGAAUCACAGACCAGAGCAUUACUUUGUCUCUUCGUUCCCACCACCGCCUUUUUCUCUUUCCCUUUUUUACGAAAAUACAGACAGUCGCAGCCCCCAAACGAGAAAGUAGCCGCCUUCCCGUUCGUGCCAAAAGCCCGCCAAGCCCUUGGCAAUGUCUUCUUUCAACCAUUUCAACAUCAAGCGACAGGCGCACACCCUCAGCCGCACUAGUUCCGACCAGUCAUGGAAUCCCUUCCGUCACGUCUCCUGGGACCGUCAACACGAGCCCGCCGGCACCUGGGAUGGCGGCCGAUUAGAGCAGCAAGCCACUCGUAAUGAUCCCUCUGCCGGCGAGAAGCUCGCCCACGCCAGCACCGAUCCCACCGCCGCCCGAACCGAUGCCAGAGAAUGGUCCAACGUGGACACCGUUGCCGAGUCAAGCCCUCGCGAUGUUGACGAGAAGUCGAGGGAAAGGAGCAUCAGCCAACCUACCGAGGCUGGAGGCGACAUCGCUCUGUCGCAGCGCUCUUUGGUCAACGAUAACGAUGGUUUGAGGAACCGGAAACCCGAUGACGAUUCGCCCAAGCGUGCCGAAGACGACGACGACAAGCGGGAAAAGAUGAAGGCGAAGAAGGAGAAGGGCAUCUUCCACAACGUCCAGCCAAAGCAGCCCUUCACCGUCGCCAACCAGCUCCAGCGAACCUUCCUCAACUCGUGGAUCAACAUCCUCAUCGUUGCCGCCCCCGUCGGCAUCGCCCUCAACUACAUCCACUCGGUCAACCGCAUCGCCGUCUUUGUUGUCAACUUCAUCGCCAUCAUCCCCCUGGCCGCCAUGCUUAGUUUUGCUACUGAGGAGAUUGCCCUGCGAACUGGUGAGGUUCUAGGUGGACUGAUCAAUGCCACCUUUGGCAACGCCGUCGAGCUCAUCGUCGCUAUUCUCGCUCUUGUCGAUGGCAACACCGUCAUCGUCCAAACCUCUUUGAUCGGCUCCAUUCUCUCUAACCUUCUUCUCGUCAUGGGCUUUUGCUUCUUCUUCGGCGGCCUGCGCCGCAAGCAGCAGUACUUCAACGUGACCGUCGCCCAGACGGCCGCCUCGUUGCUCGCCCUCGCUGUCGCCUCCGUCAUUGUUCCCACCGUUUUCGACAUCACCAGCACCACCCCCACGGAGUCUGUUGCCGGCCUCUCCCGUGGUACCUCGAUCAUCCUUCUCAUUGUCUACGCAUCCUACCUCAUUUUCCAGCUCAAGACUCACCAGGAAGUCUUCGCCGAGGAGAGCCAGAAAGUUGCUGCCAAGCCAUGGAGCAGCAGCUCGCUUAACUCUGGGGCCAUAAAGCAGGGGCUCGCUGUCCCAGGUGCCCUAAUGGGUCGCGGCAUGGCUGACGAAAACGAGAACGAGCGCUUGUCAAAGAUGCUCAUGAACCCGCAAGAUCUUGCCCAUGAGGAUGGGGAAGAGGAAGAGGAAGAGCCCCAGCUGCAUUUUUGGGUGGCUGUAGCCACUCUCGCCAUCUCUACCGUCUUCAUCGCGCUUUGUGCAGAGUUCAUGGUCGACUCCAUUGACGCUGUUACGGCAAAUGGAGGCAUUUCGGAAGAAUUUGUUGGCCUGAUCCUCCUCCCCAUUGUCGGAAAUGCUGCGGAGCACGCUACGGCUGUUACUGUCGCUAUCAAGGAUAAAAUGGACUUGGCUAUUGGCGUUGCCGUCGGCUCAAGUAUGCAGGUCGCCCUCUUCCUCAUCCCUCUGCUCGUCAUUAUCGGCUGGGGUAUGGGCAAUGAGGACAUGAACCUCAGCUUCGAUAUGUUCCAGGUCGCUGUCAUGUUCGUUGCCGUCCUUCUUACAAACUAUCUCAUUGCGGAUGGUAAGAGCCACUGGCUUGAGGGCUUUCUGUUGAUUUGCCUCUAUGCCAUCAUUGCCACGUGUUCUUGGUUCUACCCUAACUCAACUAACUCAACGUAACAUAUACCUGCCGCCGCAUUAGGCCGCUUUCGUUAGGUCAACCCUUUACCUACCAAUACAGUGUAAUCUCUCUCGUUUAUUUUAUUUUAUUUUGCACCUGCACAUACUUGUUUUCUUGUAUAACGGCCCUGUAUAUAAAUCAUCCUGCGAAUCUGGAAUAUGGGAACGGCAAUGUGGAUUUGGUUUGUCGAAAUUGCUGCAAAACGCUUCGUUGCUUUGUCUUUUUAUAUAUGU